GUUCACGAAGGAGAAUGUCGGGCCUUCGAAUUUUGGUUGGCGUCAAGAGAGUCAUUGAUUAUGCCGUGAAAGUUCGGGUGAAGCCCGACAAGAUGGGCGUAGUUACAGAUGGGGUCAAACACAGCAUGAACCCAUUUGAUGAGAUUGCCGUCGAAGAAGCUGUAAGAAUGAAAGAGAAGAAAGUAGCCUCAGAAAUUCUCGCCGUCUCCUGUGGCCCACAACAGUGUCAGGAGACACUGCGGACAGCACUGGCAAUGGGAGCAGACAAGGCCAUCCAUGUCUUGGUAGACCCUAAAGACUACACCAACAUGCAGCCAAUACAUGUCUCCAAGUUGUUAGCCAAAAUAGCCACAGAUGAGAAAGUUGACCUCAUCAUUCUUGGGAAACAGGCCAUUGAUGACGACUGUAACCAAACAGGUCAGAUGGUGUCAGCUCUGCUGGAUUGGUCUCAGGGAACAUUUGCGUCCAAGAUUGAGAAGAAGGAUGGUACUUUAGAUGUGACACGCGAGAUUGAUGGGGGAUUGGAGACGAUCAACAUUACGCUGCCAGCUGUUAUAACUACUGAUCUACGCUUGAAUGAGCCACGAUAUGCCACCCUCCCUAACAUUAUGAAAGCCAAAAAGAAAUCACUGACCACGAAGAAGCCUGGGGAUCUAGGAGUAGAGAUCAAAUCCACCCAGCAGAUCUUGUCAGUGGAGGACCCACCCACACGAGAGGCUGGACAGAAAGUGGAGUCAGUUGAGGAACUCGUCGGUAAACUGAAGGAAGGUGGAUUUGUCAAGUCGUAACAAGUGUUCGUCCAGGGAUCUGUUCAAGCUGUGAUCAAGUAAUUGUUUUUGUCAGUGUCAUUAUAAAAGUUCUUAAAAUAUAAAUCGUGAGGAUCAAUGACAGUUAAUUUGUUCAGUGUUUGGUGCAUAAAUGAAAAUAUGAUUAGAUAUAACUUGCCUUACUCAACGAGAUAAAAAUAUAAAUCACAUUUAAGUUUGUGAUUCAUACAGUAGUCAGACAUUGUCAUUAAUACAGUAGUCAGACAUUGGCAUUAUGUUGUAUGUAUGUCUAGGUCAAAAUAAAGAAUUAAUUUAUA